AUGACCUUACCAGCGCCUUAUACAAUACCCGAAACAUUCACCAAAGUCAAACAUUCAAAAGUUAGAACGAGAUCGUCAGGUUCAAAGGAGAUCACGUUUGACGAGCUUCCUACGUUUGAGGAAAGCACAAAUGCCUGGGGUUUUCUGUAUAAGGUUGGAGGCCAGGUCUUCACGUUAUCGAGAAAUAUGGAUCAGCCCGACUCCUCCGUUAUCCCUGGAUAUGUCAUUGGAACCAAUGAUCAAUGUGAUAUCAAGUAUAAUAUCGAGUGUUAUAUAUAUAUAAACAUACUAACAUACAUAGCAGAAAAUCCAAGUUAUGACUUUGUCAAGCCGAGAAGGAAAGGCAAGAAAUUUUCUUCCUUUGAUGAAUUGUAUCACAAAUCCAAAAAACUCGGUACUGGUUCUUUCGGUAUUGUUUCCCUGGCCAUCUGCAAGACUACAGGCAAAAGAGUAGCGAUUAAGCAAGUCCAACUCUCGGGUCACAUUGAUGCCCUAGAAACCAAAAAACGUAUCGGUCUCCUGAGAGAAAUUAGUAUAUUUAUGGCUUUACCCCCUCAUCCUUGUAUUAUACGAGUGGAUAAAGUGUUUGAAGAAGACUCGCGAAUGUUUAUCGUUAUGGAAUAUGGAUCUAGCGGCGAUUUAUUUACAAAUAUUUACAGUCUCUUUAUGACCGAGCUUGAAAUCAAAAUCAUAUUUGAGCAAAUUGCUCACGCCGUCCUGUACUUACAUUCAAAAGGAAUCGUACAUCGAGAUAUCAAGAUGGAAAAUGUGAUUGUGUGUGAUCGUGAACGUUUAUAUGUGAAGCUGACAGACUUUGGACUUUGUGCCUUUUUAAAGAAAGAUGAAGCAUUGUAUACGAACUGUGGUACCAUGUUGUACGCCGCUCCUGAAUUGUUGAAUUCAAAUAGCAAGAAAGGGUAUGGCAUGGAAGUCGAUAUUUGGAGUUUAGGUGUACUUUUAUACGGGGCAUUGACCAACAGUAUGCCAUUCGUGAAUAUGGUUAAUGGGGAGGAUGACGAAAAGAAACAGCUGAGAGAGUUGAUCGGCAAAGGACAAUUUUCAUUUGACCAUCCUGCUUGGGAUGGCAUUUCUGAAGAAGCAAAGGAUCUGGUGUGUCAAAUGAUGCAAGUUGAUGUUAACAAGAGAUAUACCAUAAAACAAGUGCUGUUACAUCCAUGGCUUCAGGACAUUGAAAAUGAACAGACAAAAGAAAUGGGCGUGACUCGAAACCCAGCAUUGUUACAAUACCUCGAUAACAAACCUGUCUCCGCCUUGUUUUAA